AUGGAUCCUAUCGACCAUUUCUUUGCCGAUUAUCCUUCUUUCGACUACAACAGAUCUGCCUCAUCGCCACAAGAAUUCUACAGGAUGUGCGAUCAUUUCCACUGGGUUAAAGACAGACGCGGAGAUUACCCACAAGAGAGAAUCGAUGCCCAUGAGGCUUUCAGGUUGGCGAUGGUGGAGGCCUUCAAUCACAAUUUUGGAACAAACGUGGACGACAAGACGUCCUGGGAAAGCAUUUGUUACCUUCUCCGAAUCGAACCAUUACCCGAAGAUGUGGCAGAGAUGAAGAAGCUCGUCAAAUCCACACACGUCAAUCUAUCAGAUCUUCUGGAUAGUGGCCGUUCCGGCGCCAAGGUUUGA